AGAGUACUAGUUAGAGUAGGGGAGCAUUUAAUCACAACUCCAAAAAACUUACUUAAUUUGUCUAUAACCCCAUUUUCUUUCUCAUUGGCAGCAAAAAAGGAGUUCUUUAUAAGUUUCUUUUUUUUUUCUUUUUUUUUUUAAACUCACACAGUCUCUGUACCAACUGCAAUCUUUACCAUUUUCUUUCCUAAGUUUUUACCAAAACAAGAUGUAUGCACCAAAUAUAAGAUGAGUGUUUUGCUUUUCAAUUGUUAUUUUUGUUUGUGGUGACUUUCCUUUUUUGUGGGUGAAAACCUUUUUUUUUGAAGAUAGAAGGAAAAAAAAGGACAAAGAGAACCAAGAGAGAGGGGCAACAAUUAAUUAAGAGAGACAGUAAUGUGUAUGAUCAACAAAGGGAAACAAACACACAGCAUAAUAGAGUUUUUUGUGGUCUGAAACUAAAGACCUCUCACACAUCAACAUUUUUUUUCAGAAGAUCCUUCAUGUCUUUCUCUCUUCUUCCCGGCCCUUUCUUGAUUUAUUUAUUCUGGGCUGCCUCUAUUAUUGUUGUUCAUCUUCAUUAGCAUUUCACAUUUCUCCAUCUUCCCCCUUCUUUAAUUGUUUAAAGAAAAUAUUUCUAAAAACUUCUUCCAUCACUCUCCAUCCUCAGAAAUCAAUUUCGACGCCACUUUCUAGUUUGCUUCAUUCAGAUGCUUAAUUUGUCUGAGAUAUACUAAUUUUCAUCUACUUUAAUUAAGUUCAAGACCACUGCCACUUUCUGCUGCUGCUCAGGGGAGAAUCUAAUCAUGUUUGUCUUGAAGAUUGAUGAGGAAUCAAAGGAGCUCUCUAUUUUUUCCAAUUUUAUAGCUGAUGAGUGCUCUUCUUGAUUAGGGUUUCCGUUGUGAUUCUUUGGAUUGUUUGUUUUAGGUGAAAAGAAUACUAGGGUUUUUUAGUAACUGUUUGCAAUUUUGUCAAUAUCUUGUUGCCUAAUACCUCUUCUUAGUCACAAUCUCUAAUUUGAUGAUGGUUUUCAGCUUUCAGGAACUCCUGUGGUUUUGAUCUGCAACCUAUCAUAUUCUUUUCUCUUUUUGGAAAAAAAAAAAAGAAGAGAAAUGGUGAGAGGAAAGAUUCAAAUGAGGCGAAUUGAGAAUGCAACAAGCAGACAAGUGACAUUCUCAAAGCGAAGAAGUGGGCUGUUGAAGAAGGCUUACGAGCUCUCAGUUCUGUGUGAUGCUGAGGUGGCUUUAAUUAUUUUCUCCCAGAAAGGAAAGCUCUACGAAUUUGCAAGCUCCAACAUACAGAAUAUAAUUGAGAAAUAUCGUGAAUGUGUCAAAGAAGAGGAGAGAGACAAUCCCGAUGUUGAGAGACAACUUCAGAAGAUGCGGCUUGAAGCUAUAAACAUGGCAAAGAAGAUAGAGUUGCUGGAACUUUCUCAAAGAAAAUUAUUGGGACAAAAUAUUGGAUCAUGUUCGUUAGAGGAACUUCAACAGCUUGAUAAUCAGCUGGAGAGAAGCCUUAAAAGCAUCAGAACAAAGAAGGCGGAGCUAUAUAAGCAAGAAAUAGAACGGUUAAAAGCAAAGGUACAAGAUCGUGAUGGAGAUGGAAACUCGAUCGCACAAUUUGCUGCUGCUUUUCAACGUUGUUUUCAUUAGUGCAUGAGCUAUACGGAUGAAUCACUUAAUUUUGACUCCAUUUCUGUUAUGUAAAUCAUUUCAGGAGAUGCUUCUGUUGGAAGAAAAUGCUAGGUUAGCUGGAAAGGUAAACACAUAUAUAUAUAUGUAUCCUCCCUUUGUUUAUUUUGUUUUCCCCUCUUUCCAGUCGUCUGAAUAAAUCGACAAACUUGGUGAAAAAGUAUAUAUAUACUAGUAGUUCUAAGUUGGUAAAUCAAUCAAGAUUUACAUAAAAAGCACGUAACAUGUUGGGUAUGCAGUCUGCCCAAAUAUCGCAGAGGAAAGAAAAUGAAAGGUGCAGCCGGAGUGAUACUACAACUCCAAGCUCAGAGGUGGAAACUGAACUAUUUAUCGGGCUUCCGGAGAUGCGAUGCUCCUUCAGCGCCGCGGAUUAAUCAUCGCUACAUCCGGCAUUGAUCAUAUCAUCAUCCUCAUCUUCAUCAAUUCCGUGAGAGAGAAAUGUUACAACAAUUAGUAUAAAGCCCAACCCUUAUAUAUAUAUCUAUUGUAUUUUUGUUGUCAUCAAUAAUAAUUGGUGAACGUACUUCAUUGUAGAAUCAAAUUUCUUACACCACUGUAUCCAUGUCCUUUAGUUAAUUUGAGCUUUACAUGUCAAAAUAGCAAAGCAGAAUGUAUAGCAUAGAAACAUCAUAUAGUACUACUGUACUGUUGUAGUAUUGAAAUAUAUCAGCCAAUUUAGGCCAAUAAAUUAAUUGGAAAUUUGCUUCCGUUUCCAAAAGUAGUUUGAUGAUGCU